AAGAUCAGCUGUGCUUCUCUGGCCUCAGCUCUGAAGUCCAACCCCUCCCAUCUGAGACACCUGGACCUGAGUGGAAACUACCUGCAGGAUUCAGGAGUGAAUCAUCUGUGUGGUUUUCUGCAGAGUCCAGACUGUGGACUGGAGACUCUGAGGUUGAGUUACUGCAGUUUGUCAGAGAUCAGCUGUGCUUCUCUGGCCUCAGCUCUGAAGUCCAACCCCUCCCAUCUGAGACACCUGGACCUGAGUAACAGCAACCUGCAGGAUUCAGGACUGAAUCAUCUGUGUGGUUUUCUGCAGAGUCCAGACUGUGGACUGGAGACUCUGAGUUUGAGUUGGUGCAGUUUGUCAGAGAUCAGCUGUGCUUCUCUGGCCUCAGCUCUGAAGUCCAACCCCUCCCAUCUGAGACACCUGGACCUGUGGGGAAACAACCUGCAGGAUUCAGGAGUGAAUCAUCUGUGUGGUUUUCUGCAGAGUCCAGACUGUGGACUGGAGACUCUGAGGUUGAGGGGCUGCAGUUUGUCAGAGAUCAGCUGUGCUUCUCUGGCCUCAGCUCUGAAGUCCAACCCCUCCCAUCUGAGAGACCUGGACCUGAGUGACAACAAGCUGCAGGAUUCAGACCUGAAGGAACUGUGUGGUUUUCUGCGGAGUCCAGACUGUGAACUGGAGACUCUGAGACAGCACCGUAGUGGGCGAAUGAGAGCUGCAAAGUCUAUGUUCAUCGCCACCGUCUGCAGUAAGUGA